AUAAAAGAACACUAGAUGGUGCCAUUUACACAGAAACCGGAUUUUUUUGUCCACUUCCGCCCUAGGGUUAACCCAGCUUCCGGUUCCUCACAAGACAACAAACACAGCUGGCAUCAGUUAAAAAUGGCCGUCGUAACCGUGGCGGGGCUAGAUCCCCACAGAAUGGAAGAAAAGAAGUUCGAGUAUUUUUCCUCCAUCAACUCCAUGGCCAAGAAGAUAAUGCAGGAGCGGGAGAAAAUCAAAUCGGAUUACGGCUCUUCGUGGGAGACAAUGACGCCGGAAGAACAAGACAAUGCCAUCGACAACAGCAUGAUGGAUCCGCAAGUCCGAGCCCGAUACGCUAUGCAUAAAGUUGACCGAGAGGAAGUGGUCUGUUACCCUAAACUGCUCAUUCAAACCGGUCAGAAGAUAGUUCAUUUUGGUGAAGAGGACAUUACGUGGCAAGACGAGCAUUCUGCCCCUUUCUCGUGGGAGACCAAGAGUCAGCUGGAGUUCAGCUUGGCCUCAGGCUCUACAGAUCAGGGGAUCUCAGCUUCACAGACUGAAACAAAAGCUUCAAAGGUUCCUCAUUCCACUCAGCUUGGCAAGACUACUCCAGGAACCAAGGGGUCUGUGAGUGAGGGACGAAGGCCUGAUGAGGAGUCGUCCUUCUGGAAGAUCAGCGCCGAGAGGUCCAGACUGGAAGGUGAGAAAGCCGACUUCCAGUCCCUGACCCCCAGUCAGAUCAAAUCUCUGGAGAAAGGAGAGAAGCCCCUCCCCUCCUACCUCAAACAGGACAGUUCCAAUGAGCCUGAGACAGCAGAGUCCCUCCCUCCAGCUCCUGUAAAGUCCAUCAAGUCGAGAGCACCCAAACCUCCUGCCCCACAGCCUCCUGUCUCCACCUCCGUUAGCGCCACACCUGCAUCUAUCUCCAUCGCUCCCACUCCAGUCCCACCCAUCAGCGUUUCCUCUACAGUAGCAGGCUGGGAGAGAUCUCAGAGCACUCUGCCAUCAGUCAGCAACACGCUGGAUGACGUGUUCUCUCCCAGUCUGAUGUCUAAGCCUUCUCACCAAACCACGACUGUGGAGAGAGAGAGGGAGGGAGAUCAGAGCGACAUCAGCCCCACCUUUCCCCAGUUCAACCCCAACGGCAGCUUGCUGAAGACUGGAUUUGACUUCUUAGACAACUGGUAAACCACAGCGCUGACUGGCCACCGCACAGAUUGUGUGAACCUAACCAUCACUUUAAAGAAGGACCAUGUUGCCAUGACUACCGACAUCCACAUCUAAACCGAACAGAUGCUAUGCUUAGAAACGAUCACAUUAUUUUCUCAUCAUUGUCGGCAGCUUGUUAAAGACAUUAUCUCACCAUCUGUGUGCCGGUAUUUUAUUUCCCCUCAGACUAAAGGAACCUCUCUCUCCUUCCAGACUUGUAUUUGUUAUUAUCGUUAGAUCGUUGCUUGAAGUUUGUCUGCAUUCUCGCGUAGCUCCUAGACACUACAGGCAUGUCAACAUGUAAUCCAAAGCUGUUUUACUCUCUUAAGUUUUAUUAUUAUUAUUAUUGUUUAAGGUGUUUUUUUUUCUCCUUUGUGCUUUUGUUUAUCUGUAUAUGAGGUUUUUGAGUUAGUUCUGCAUUCCAAAGUACCAUUUUGUGUAAUUCUGAUAGUUUAUUGGGAUUUAGGACAACAUUAGAACAAGGAACAUCAUGAAAUUUGAUCAUUACAUUCAGCUGAAUUUGUUCUAAAUGUAGUACUUUGAUUCCAGUAAUAAGUAAACUGAUGUUGGGAUUAAAAAAAAUAAAGACAGGUGGAAAAAACUGAUGUUUGAUAAUAGAAUAAACACCCAGUUCUCUUGUGUGGAGCUUUAAGAAUAAACACAUUUACACAUUUCCUUCUGGGAUAAAGGAUUGUGUUGAAGUCACAACUAGUUUUGUAUCCUAUGAUUGUAUCUUAUGCUUUGUGUCUACUGCAUUUGAGAUUAUAGUUUGGAAGUAAAUAAAUGUAAAUAAUA